AUGGAGAGUUUAACAAGUCAACUCAAUAACUUACAGUUAGCUCAGAAAUCAGCCAUAUCACUGGCUAAAACAGAACCAGAAUACAUCUUAACUUUAGCUGCACAGGAAAACAGAUGUGAAGACAGUGAAUCAUUAUUAGCUGCUACCAGUAGUAAUUUUACCAUAAGACUAUAUAACAAGACAACACUGGCUUCUUCUUCCAAUAUACAAGCCCAUGAUACUGUGAUAACAGGAAUUACAUUCGGAAAUGAAGAUCCCAAUAUUUUAAUAUCCAGUUCCUCUGAUAAAACAGUCAAAUGUUGGGAUUUAAGGAGUAGUCCAGAAAACGCUGCUCAAACAUUUCAAGGAGGGUGUAAUACAGGAUUUGGAAGUGUAGAUAUUAACUCGGAUGAUAGAUUAAUCUGUGCUGGUACGGAGGUGGAUAAAAAUAAAGAUGUCUUCAUGAUCUUCUGGGACAGAAGAAAAUCCAGUUAUUUAGGAUCUUAUACAGAGUCUUUUGAAAAUGAAAUCACUCAAGUUAAAUUCCAUCCCAGCAAGUCUGACUGUAUAGCCAGUGGUGCCUCUGACGGCUUGGUGAAUAUUUUUAAUUUAAAGGAAACUGAUGAAGACGAUGCCUUACAGUUAACAUUGAAUACAGAAUCAUUUGUUGCUAGAAUAGGGUGGUGUGGAGAAGACUAUAGUAAUAUUUAUUGUAUAACUGAUGUAGAUACAUACCAUGUUUGGGAUGCAACAGAGGGAGAUGUUAUUAAAGAAGUUUUAAAUCUUAAAGACAAGUUAAAGGGUGAAGAAAGUAUAGACUAUAUGAUAGAUGUGGUUCCAACACUGGAUACAUCAAAACAUUUCCUGGCCACUGGUACUAAAAGUGGUGAUAUAAAGUUACUAGAUGUAACUAGUAAAAUACCUGAUAUGAUAUCCUGUUUAUCCAAGGGACAUAACGAGAUUGUUAGGUGUAUAUAUUACAAUGUACAGAACAGAACACUAGUUACUGGUGGAGAGGAUUCUUUGUUAUGUUUAUGGUCAUCAGAGAACAUCACUCCCAAUACCAACUCUAGCAAGAGAGGAGUAAAAAUGAAACAGACUCCAACUAAGAGAUUAAAACCUUAUAAAAGAUGA